AUGGUAAAACUAACAGCUGAUCUUAUUGCUAAACAAACACCUGGUCAUAAUAAACGACGUGCUGAUGAAACAGUUGAACAUUAUCUUUCACGUCUUACUCAUUUACCAUUUCAAAAUCGAGGCAUUGAUUCUAUUGAUUCUAUUUCACCUUGUCGUCUUUUAACAGUAAUUUAUCUUUAUGAUAAUAUAUUAAAUAAAAUUGAAAAUUUAAAUUUUGCUGAAAAUUUAACACAUCUUUAUUUACAAAAUAAUCGUUUACAAAAAUUAGAAAAUUUAGAUUAUUGUCCAAAAUUACAAAAAUUAUAUCUUGGUGGUAAUCAAAUACAAGUUCUUGAAGGUUUAGAUAAAUGUAUACAUUUAAAAGAAAUUUAUAUUGAAAAUCAACGUUUACCUGAAGGUGAAAAACUUGUUUUUGAACCACGAACUUUACAAUGUUUAUCAUCAAUUCUUGAAGUUUUAAAUGUUAGUGGCAAUAAUUUAGAUUCAUUAGUUGAAUUAAGUUGUUUACAAAGAUUAGAAGAAUUAACAGCAAGCAAUAAUAAUUUAGAAAAUCUUCGUGAACUUAUUCAACUUUUAAGUAUAUGGUCACGUUUAAAACGACUUGAUACAAGUCGAAAUCCAAUAUGUACAAAAGCACGUUAUCGUGAACGAUUAAUUGUUGUAUCAACAACAUUAGAAAUGCUUGAUGGAAAACAAAUAACAGAUAAUUCUCGACAAUUUUUAAUGAGUUGGAAAGCUUCACGUGAAGCUCAACUUACAAGAGAAAAAUCAAGACCAGAUUUUGAUGAUGGACCAGGAGACUAUACAAAUCAUAGUUAUUAUCGUCGUAAUAUAAUCAAAGCUGAUCUUGGUUUAGUUAAAAAAGGUCAAUUUCCCAUGGCACUUGUAGAAAAUGCUCAUCGAAAAAUGACACCAAGAGUAAAUAAAUUUUCAGGUUUUUUUGCAUCAAAAAGUUUCAAUAAUCCUGAUCCAAAUAAUUCCAAUGAAAAUCCAAUUAUUACAUUUCAAGAUCCAUCAACACAAACAUUUUUUAAAUAA